AUGUUGGUCGAAUUCUCCCGGCCUGGUGACAGGGUGUGGCGCAUUGGGUGGUGGUCCCAGAGGAGAGUCGGGCAGGCUGUGGCUCCUGGACGACAUGCUGAUGGGACGGCACCUCGGCUGGGUUUGCUCAGCCGCCUGGCUCCUUCGAGAUACGGCGGGGUCCACUCCUCACCGCUCAGUCUGCCGCACACCUCUUAUCGCCACCAGUUUAGCUCUUGGUGGAGCUGCUGCCUGGAUGCGACUGCACAUAGGCUUGGAGGUUCUUGUGGCGAAUUGCUAUCAAAGGAGGAUGGAGCGGGCGUGUGCCGUUUGGAUUGUGGCUACAAGGGACUCGAGGGGUGGCCGUGCACUGUCGCUUAG